AUGUCGAGCCUUAACUCUACUGCGGAAUAUGAAUUCAAGAAGCAAUUGAACUAUGGUUGUCAUGCAAAGAUCGAUGGCUACGGCACAUCGUAUGGCUACGUUCCCUCGCUAGCUGCCGGCAUUGUAUUCUGUGUCCUCUUCGGUCUGUCGAUGUUGCUCCACACAUUGCAGCUGGUGUGGAAGAGGACCUGGUGGUGCGCUGUCUUCGUUCUUGGAUGUAUCACGGAAAUCCUGGGCUGGGCAGCACGUACCUGGUCUGCUGAAUGCCCAUACAAUGGAACCGCCUUUCUCAUGCAAAUCUCUACCUUGAUCAUCGCCCCCACUUUCUUUACCGCCGGGAUCUACGUGCUCCUGGGCCGUUUCAUCCACCUGUUGGGGCCCGAGACCUCAAUUUUGAGACCAAAACUCUAUCUCUGGAUCUUCGUCACUUGCGAUAUCAUUUCAUUGGUCGUCCAGGCUGUGGGAGGUGGCAUGGCGUCGAUGGAAGUAAACAAGGUCAACGGCGAUACUGCUCCAGGCACACACACCAUGGUCGCCGGUAUCGUCUUCCAGCUCGCGUCUAUCACGGUCUUUGUUUUCCUCGCCGCUGAUUUCGUCCGUCGCACUCUCCGUAUGCGGAUCCUGCAAACCAUGACUGGCACGAUCAUCCCUCUUCUCGGCGCGAUGAUCUUCUCUGUCGUCUGCAUCUACAUUCGGAGUAUCUAUCGAACCAUCGAGCUGUCGCAGGGGUGGUCUGGCUACUUGAUCACGCACGAGCGAUACUUCAUCGUCCUGGACGGUAUCAUGAUGGUCCUAGCGGUUGGUGUGUUCAACAUCUUCCAUCCAGGAUGGCUGCUGCCUAAAAACGAAGUCAAGCCGUUCCACCGCGAGAUCUACUCUCCAGACGGGGUGGCUAGUGGAAUGGAGAUGCGAUAA